ACCAGCUGUUUCCCAUAGCGAUCAAUCUCAUUCCUCUUCUCACAAACCCUAGUCUUUGCAGCCCCUCCGCCGCGAAGAUGCAGAUUUUCGUGAAGACCCUUACGGGCAAGACCAUAACCUUGGAGGUAGAAUCCUCCGAUACCAUCGACAACGUUAAGGCCAAGAUCCAGGAUAAGGAAGGCAUCCCCCCGGACCAGCAACGUCUCAUCUUCGCCGGGAAACAGCUCGAGGAUGGCCGCACGCUUGCGGACUACAACAUCCAGAAGGAGUCCACCCUCCACCUAGUCCUCCGACUCCGUGGAGGCGCGAAGAAGCGCAAGAAGAAGACCUACACCAAGCCGAAGAAGAUCAAGCACAAGAAGAAGAAGGUGAAGCUCGCUGUUCUCCAGUUCUACAAGGUGGAUGAUUCCGGAAAGGUGCAGAGGCUGAGGAAGGAGUGCCCGAACGCGGAGUGCGGUGCUGGUACUUUCAUGGCGAAUCAUUUUGAUAGGCACUACUGUGGUAAGUGUGGGCUUACUUAUGUCUACAAUAAGGCAGGCGGCGAUUGAGACUACCAAGCCUAAUUUGCGAAACCUUGUUCGUUGUCAUAUCGUUUUAUCCCAUCAUUCGUGAAUGAGUUUAAUUGGUAUUAUCUAGAUAUUUUGGUUUGAACAUGCGUUUUGUUUUCAAAGUAAUGUGUUUAGACAUGGAAUUUAAUCUUAAGUAAUUUACAGUUAAAGUUGCUGACACCAUUGCUGUUCCAAUUUCGUUAUCAGUAUCA